CAAAUCCGUUCUCCCAAGCAGAAAAAAAAGGAAAACAAGGGAAAAAGAAAACCCUAGCUUUACCUUUUUGUUCUUUGUGAAACAUCAAAUCCCAGAGAUGGAUCUUUCAUAGAUUUCACCUCAGAUCUCUUUCUCUUUGAAAAAGAAAAUUGGGUUUACUUAUUUAUUUGGAUCGGAUUGGGUUGGUUUGGUUUUAGAAAAGAAGGAAGGCGAUGUCAACCCCAGCAAGGAAGAGGCUGAUGAGAGACUUCAAGAGGUUACAGCAGGAUCCACCUGCUGGUAUUAGUGGGGCUCCUCAAGAUAAUAAUAUCAUGCUUUGGAACGCUGUUAUUUUUGGGCCUGACGAUACUCCUUGGGAUGGAGGCACGUUCAAGUUGACUUUGCAGUUUACAGAGGAUUAUCCAAAUAAGCCUCCAACUGUCCGUUUCGUCUCACGAAUGUUUCAUCCGAAUAUCUAUGCAGAUGGGAGCAUUUGUCUGGAUAUUUUACAAAAUCAGUGGAGUCCUAUAUAUGAUGUUGCAGCUAUACUCACCUCUAUCCAGUCUCUACUUUGUGAUCCAAAUCCGAACUCCCCAGCAAACUCGGAAGCUGCUCGAAUGUUUAGUGAGAAUAAGCGGGAGUACAACAGAAGAGUCCGUGAAAUUGUGGAGCAGAGCUGGACUGCCGACUAAGUGCAGUGCUAGCAACUGUAACCUGGCGUCAUUCUAUGAAAAAUGACAUGCUGACGAUGGUGCUGGUGCUGGUGCGGGUGUUGGUGAAGUCGAAAUGCCGUUCUCUUAGCCUUGUGUUCUGGGAAUUAAGUAAUAUAGUCUGCUUUAGUUUCGUUGAUGAUUUCUUUGAAUGGGGUUUGAUUUUCUGCCUCUUAAAACAGCUCUGGUUUUUUUACUUGUUUCUUGAUGUUGAAUACUAUUCUUUCCUCGUCUUUUUAUUCUGUAUUGUGUGUCAGUGUCAUCUGUAUAUGAAUAUCUUUUUUUCAAGUACUAAUGUCGUAGGCAAAAAACAAGUACUGCUCUUACAGUCCAAAAUUGGAGGAGCAUUUCUUUGUAAUAGAAUUUGUAAGAUUUUCAAACAAUAUGAAUGGUUGCUUGCUUGGAA